GUCUAUUGGCUCAUUCUUGGGGCUUGGGGAAUACGAAAUCUCCAGCCAAUAGGAACGGCGGUGCCGUAGCCGGAGGUUGGCGUACCCCUGCUGAGGUGAUCUGGCGCAGAGCGGAGGAGGUGCUUGGCGGUUGCUCCUGCACAUCGCCUUUUCUUGCGGCCGCCGGGUGGUCGGCCGUGCUCCUGUGGCCUCCAGUGAAAUGUGGAUGACGCCCAAGAGGAGCAAAAUGGAAGUCGACGAGUCUCGCGUUUUCCGGCCUGAGUGGACCCAGCGUUACUUGGUGGUGGAGCCUCCGGAGGGCGAAGGGGCCCUCUGCCUGGUCUGUCGCCGCCUCGUUGUAGCCACCCGGGAACGCGACGUCAGGCGCCACUACGAGGCCGAGCACGACUACUACGAGCGGUAUGUGGCGGAGGGCGAGCGCGCGGCCCUGGUGGAGCGUCUGCGUCAGGGCGACUUGCCGGUGGUCGCCCCGCUCACUCCCGAGGAGAGAGCCGCUCGUGCAGGCCUGGGGCUCGCCCGCCUCUUGGCCUUGAAGGGUCGCGGCUGGGGCGAGGGCGACUUUGUAUACCGGUGCAUGGAGGUGAUGCUGAGAGAUGUGCUGCCCGAGCACGUGAGCGUUCUGGAUGGCAUUGAUUUAUCUCCAGAGCUCACACGGCAGAGGGUCCUGAACAUUAACAACGAUCUACGCAGUCAGCUUUUUAACCGAGCUAAGGACUUUAAAGCCUAUUCCCUUGCCUUGGACGACCAGGCUUUUGUGGCCUAUGAGAACUACCUCCUGGUCUUUGUCCGCGGCGUGGGCCAGGACCUGGAGGUGCAAGAAGAGCUUCUGACCAUAAUCAACCUGACUCAUCACUUCAGUGUUGGUGCCCUGAUGGCGGCAAUCCUUGAGGCCCUGCAGACGGCAGGGCUUAGCUUGCAGCGAAUGGUUGGACUAACCACGACCCACACUCUGAGGAUGAUUGGUGAGAACUCAGGACUGGUGUCAUACAUGAGAGAGAAGGCUGUAAGCCCCAACUGUUGGAAUGUUAUCCAUUAUUCAGGAUUUCUUCACUUGGAACUGUUGAGCUCCUACGAUGUGGAUGUUAAUCAGAUCAUAAAUACCGUAUCUGAAUGGAUCGUUUUGAUUAAGACCAGAGGCGUUAGGCGACCCGAAUUUCAGGCUUUACUAACUGAAUCUGAGUCAGAGCAUGGUGAAAGGGUUAAUGGACGAUGUCUGAACAAUUGGCUUAGAAGAGGGAAAACUUUAAAACUAAUAUUUUCCCUAAGAAAAGAGAUAGAAACGUUCUUGGUGUCAGUAGGGGCAACAACGAUCCAUUUCGCAGACAAGCAAUGGCUUUGUGACUUUGGCUUCUUGGUGGAUAUUAUGGACCACCUUCGAGAACUCAGUGAACUAUUGAGAGUUAGUAAAGUCUUUGCUGCUGCUGCCUUUGACCAUAUUUGUACCUUUGAAGUUAAACUGAAUUUACUUCAGAGACAUAUUGAGGAAAAAGAUCUAACACAUUUUGCUGCCUUCAGAGAGGUUGUUGAUGAGCUUAAACAGCAUCUUAAAGAAGAUCAAGAAAUAUUUGAUUCUGGAAGAUAUCAAGUGGUGAUCUGUCGCCUACAAAAAGAAUUUGAGAGGCAUUUCAAGGACCUCAGGUUCAUUAAAAAGGACUUAGAACUUUUUGCAAAUCCAUUUAACUUUAAACCUGAAUAUGCCCCUAUUUCGGUAAGGGUGGAGCUAACAAAACUUCAGGCAAAUACAAACCUUUGGAAUGAGUACAGAAUCAAAGACUUGGGGCAGUUCUAUGCUGGAUUGUCUGCUGAAUCUUACCCGAUUAUCAAAGGGGUUGCCUGUAAGGUGGCAUCCUUGUUUGAUAGUAGUGAAAUCUGUGAAAAAGCUUUUUCAUAUUUGACUCAAAAUCAACACACUUUGAGCCAGCCAUUGACAGACGAGCAUCUCCACGCCCUGUUUAGGAUUGCCACAACUGAAAUAGAGCCGCACUGGGAUGAUCUUGUGAGAGGAAGAAAUGAAUCUAAUCCAUAAGCCUUUGUAGUACAACAUUGAAACACUCAACAAGAAUCCAAUUCUAAAAAAAAAAAUUUGUUUGAUUUUUCAAGUUUACUAAUUUGGAUUGUGGGAAAGCAGCAAGUUUAUUCAUCCAAAUUGAUCACGAUUCAGAUUCUUCUGACAGAUGUUUUUUUUUUCAUCUCAAAAGGCAGCAUGGGACUGAAACAUGCGAACACCUUUUUUAAAACUUAAUGACAAAGUCAUUGUCUUUUGGUUUUGUGAUAUGACUGUUUUUAAAGAUGUUUAGUACUGGUAAUGUGAGUUGAAUCGGGAGUCUGUUUUUAAGGCGUUUCAAAGAAAUUUUAGCUCUUAUUUUAACAAAGUUAAAAUUCUGAUGCAUAUAAUCUGAAAUUAUCAACUCCUUAAAUGUAUAUUUGAGCCAAUUUGCAGAAACUCACAUAGCAAGUUCAGAAGUUUCUGAAAAGGAAGAACGUACAUACAGUGGAGGUAUUUUGUCUAUCAAAAUGUUUAAGACUUUCUUUUAAAAUAUGUUUCUGAAUCUGAGGUAAAUAUUCACAAAUUCCUACCCCCUCAUGUCCCCCCACCCACCCCAGCAAUAAUGAUAUUACUACUAGAGGAAAUAAUCAAAUAAAAUUUUAGUCAGAGGAGCAAGAAUUAUUUUUAAAUUGCUGGUUUAGGCGGCUUCCUGCAGUUUGGAGAUCAGACUAACCAGUUAUUGGAGGGUCCCCUGUAUUUUUCACAGUUGGGUGCUGUUAUAUCAGCUUGCCUAUGAAAGGACUACGGUAAGUAUAGAAUCUUAGCGGUUGCCCAUUAGUAAUUCUUUUUCCUACUCUAGACAGAAGUUUGGCCCUGUCACAAAAGAUGCAAAAAGAUUUUUGCACUCCAGGAUCAGGAGGUGUGAGGUAGUUUAGCUUAUUUGUCCUAUCUGCAUGGGUGUUA